AUGUUCGCCGAUGAACAACUCGUUCACGAAGCUCCUGCAAACCAGGGCGAAGAACAAGCGCUUCUGGCACUGUACUAUCUCGAUGCAGUGGACCGGCAGGAGCCUCGCCAGCUGGCCAAGGACGUUAAUCCCGCAGUCAUCAGCGCCUUCGGUGGCUUCAGCAAAAACAUUGUUGCCAACGUUUCCCUUCCCGAUCCAGGGAAUAUGCUUAGGUACUUUCAGGCCUCAGGUGCCCCUACGUACUCACUGGCCCAUCAGGUUCAUCUACGUGGCAAGGACGAUUCCAGCUUUUAG